GGUGCCACGGGCUGCUUUGGGAAGUGGCGACCGGCUUCGGUGAAACGAUCAUGGCCGCUCGGACUGGUCCGAGAACCUUGGGAAGGCUGGUCUCGGGAUGCCGUCCGAAGUCGUCCCCGGCGCAGGGGCCUGCGCAGAACGUCAGAUAUUUAGCUUCCUGUGGUAUACUGAUGAGCCGAACUCUUCCACUACAUACCUCACUUUUGCCAAAGGAGAUAUAUGCAAGAACUUUCUUCAAAAUCGCUGCACCAUUAAUAAACAAAAGGAAAGAAUAUUCAGAGAGGAGAAUUUUAGGAUAUUCAAUGCAGGAAAUGUAUGAUGUGGUAUCAGGAGUGGAGGAUUACAAGCAUUUUGUUCCUUGGUGUAAAAAAUCAGACAUAAUAUCAAAGAGAUCUGGAUAUUGCAAAACACGAUUAGAAGUUGGAUUUCCACCUGUGUUGGAGCGAUAUACAUCAGUAGUAACCUUGGUAAAACCACAUUUGGUCCAGGCAUCCUGUACUGAUGGGAGACUUUUCAAACAUUUGGAGACUAUUUGGCGUUUUAGCCCAGGUCUUCCUGGCUACCCAAGAACUUGUACCUUGGAUUUCUCAAUUUCUUUUGAAUUUCGCUCACUUCUGCACUCUCAGCUUGCCACAUUGUUUUUUGAUGAAGUUGUAAAGCAGAUGGUCGCUGCCUUUGAAAGAAGAGCAUGUAAGCUGUAUGGUCCAGAAACAGACAUACCUCGGGAACUAAUGCUUCAUGAAGUUCAUCACACAUAAUGAGAGAAGAGAACUGGUAUCACCGAUUAGUAACCUUAGUGUGUUCACCUUUAGGAAGUGUUUUCAUCUUUUCAGAAGUCAGGUAGCAUUUGUUAAACUCAGCUUUGAUUAUAAACCUGCACCAUUGAUAAUUUGCACACAGAAUAUGGAUACUUUUACUUAAACUUAUUUUUUCAAUCAAAUGUAACUCAAAGUAAUAUGUACAUUAUCAUGUUCUGCAUUCACCGUAAUGGGAUGUCAUCACCGUUGCCAGAAUAUUGACAUCAUUCUUCUCAGCAGAAACUGAAACUAUAAAUUUCAGCCUUUUAAUUAUUACCUUACCUGAAAGAGAUUAGUUAAGAUAUUCACACAGUUUGUAUUAUAUUAACCAUAUCACGCUUAAGUUAUUAAAUUCAAACUAUUUAUAACUUAUUGUUAUAGGGUCUGCCAUAUGGCUUAGGAUAUUUGAAUAAUCAUCAUUUAAAAGAUUGUUAAUGAAGGUUCCCUGACACUUUUGAUAUUUUAAAAUUGUUCUUAUGUGUAAUAGAUAAUUCAGUGUUUUAACAAGUUUAGCUCCCAGUAAACAGUGAUUUUUUUAUUUUUUAUUUUUUUGGUGAGUGGUCCAGAGCUUUAAGCUACUUUCCAGUAGUUUAUAACCUUCUACAUCCUUUGGCUACUCUGAAUCAUGCAGCUGCAUGUCACAUUUUGUCUACAGCAGUAGACACAGAUAAAGCUAAGCUGGUUGUGUCUCCAGCACUGUGUAUCUCUUUUUCUAUUUAUUGUGUGUGCUCACUUUCAGUAAUGUAUUUCAAACUGAUAUUUUUUAAACAAAUCAAUGAAAGGACUGAAGUAGUAUCUUAAUAAAGUUCAUUUGUUUCUUUUUUAUACAGUUACUUCAGUUAUUGAAAGCUUCCUGUAUUGUUUCAAUGUAAAUUUACAUGGGCAUAGUAAAGUGUUAUUUACCCAAAAGUGCCUUUAUAGAAAUGGACUUUGACAAUGACAAAUAUCUUUCUCUCCACCUCGAACAAUCCUCUGGCAUUAAACUUCAAGCAAUCCUG